AUGACGUCGCCCCUCAUUAUUCUGGUGGCUAGCGCCGUCAUUACUGGCGCCUUUGGUAGUUUGUUUAUCCUACUGGCCAUCGCCGUGGACACUUGGCAAGAAGUUUAUUAUGAUACAUCCGUCUUCUCUCCGUAUACCUCCGGCAAUAGUAGCUCCAUCCAAAUCACUCUGGCUUCAUCUUCAACAUCUUACAUCAAAUACAAAGAGGAACAAUCAGAUGGCAGCUUUGCUACCUACUAUCUGUACAACACCUACAGCGGAGUUUGGAGGGUGUGUGACACUCUCUCAGAUGCCGCAAGGAGCGAGCUGGCUACGCUUGGUUAUACCAAGAGUGAAUGUUACAACUUUGUGUCUGAGUAUGACGAAGAAUCGUCAAGUCUUCCCGAGAACGGAAAGUCCAUUGCACGAUUGCAGAACUCGGCAGCGUCCUGUUUCAUCGUCAGUAUUAUAGACCUAGUGGCGGCCGCGGGGGUCGGAGUGAUCGCACUCACCCAGAAACAAGUGGCCGCCUGUAUGGUGACGGGAGUACUCUACUGUAUGGCAGGUUUGUUUACGGUUUUUGGUCUGGCUAUCUUCCACACCAAGCACUACUAUGAGACGUACAUGUGUCAUGCUCUGGAGACCAUCCCAAGUGUUGCGUGUGCUGCCAGGGUUGUACAGAUCAACUGGGCGUCCCCGCUGGCGUGGGUGGGCGUCGUCAUCUGUGUUAUAGCUACGGUGCUCUGGCUUUUCCUUACCAGGGCCAUUCGCGUCAUCAAAGCCAAGACCAUGCUGUAG